AUGGGCGGUUUUGCGUUGGCAUCCAGCGCCCUACUCUUUGGUUGGGUCGGAGUCACCUCUGUCGCCUGUACCAUCAUCUGGGCAGUGCUCAUUGCCUUGUUCAUGGGACCAUUGGCGGUGAUGUAUCCAAUUAUCGUGCCUCACCUGUCGCCAGACAAGAAUCUAGUUGGUACCCGGAUCGGCAUCUCAUCGGCUGCUGCGGCACUCGGGACCUUGAUCGGCUUCCCGGUGACCUUUGCUCUGAAUGAUCUUGAGACAAGAGUGUUUUGGAAGAGCCAGGUGUUCUGUGGCUGCUGUAUGCUCAGUGGGGCUAUCCUCAUGAUAUACGUCUAUCGAAAGAUGACCCGACCAUCUUGA